AUGGGACUAGAAAGAAUUGAAGUGGAGAACUUCAAGUCAUAUGUUGGAAGGCAUGUGAUUGGGCCGUUCGACAGGUUUACUUGCAUAGUUGGGCCGAAUGGAUCUGGAAAGAGCAACAUCAUGGAUGCAGUAACGUUCUGCCUUGGGCUUGGGGCCCGGCACCUUCGUGCCAGCAAUGCCAAGGCCUUGAUCAACAGCAGGUGCAGCCAUGCCAGUGUGACGCUACACAUUGAAGACCGUGGAGAAAGAAGAGGAUUCCGAAGACACGUGAGCAAUGAAGGCCGUAGUUUGUACUUUAUUGACUCUGAGAAUGUUGGAUAUGAAAGGUUCAAGGAGGCCAUAGAGGAGAUGAACUUAUUGAUUGAUGCCCGGAACUUUCUGGUGUUCCAGGGGGAUGUGAAUGCAAUAGGAAACAUGAUGCCUAUGGAGCUUACAAGACUAUUUGAGGAGAUGAGCGGAAGUAUAAAGCUGAAGGAGGUGUAUGAAGAAAGGCAGAGGGAGCAGGCAAGGGCUGUGAGUGUGUGCAGCUCGUUAUUUGAGGAGAGGAAAGAGGUGAUGAGCAGGAUGAGGGAGGCUGAGGAGGUCAAGGAGCAAGAAGGAAUAUUCAGGAGGCUUGUGGACAGGAAGCAUGAGAUACAAAGGGAAAUAGUUCUGCAUGAAUUGAUGGAAAAAAGAGGCAGGAAAAGGGAUAUCAGUGAUGAGGAGUCUCAACUUGAGCUUGAGAGUAGGGGUGUACAGAGUCUGAUUGAUAGUAAGGAGAAGGAAGUUGAGGCAUACAGGAGCAGGAUAAGCGAGAUAAGAAGAGAGUACUUUGAGGCCGAUGCUCUGAUGUCGAAGGAAAAGGAAACGAUAGCGGAAAGGAGAGCAUGGAAGUAUGAGGCUGAGCAAGAAAGAGACAAAAGAAGGGUCCGUCUUGUGGAGGUUGAGAUGGAGAUCAAGAGUAAAGAGGAAAUGAUUAGCGGAAAGAAAAGAGAGAUUGAUAGAAGAAGGAGGGAGAUGGAAGGAGUUGAUGCUGGAUACUUUGAACUAUGCAGGGAGGAGGAGGAAAGAAAGAAGCGCCUGGGAGAGAUGGAUGCGAAGAAGGAGGUGAUUGAUAUGAAAGAAAAGGAACUUCUUCAGAUGUGUGGAGAGGACAGAGAGAAGGUGAACACGCUGGAUCUGGAGGUGUUUUCUUGCCGGAUGAUGAGGGAUGACUGCAAAAGAAGAGUGGAGGAGCUAAGGGAAAGAGACGAGGAUCUUCAGGGCAAGAUCAGGGAGAAGAAGGUGGUUAGAGGAAACACAAGGGUGAAGAUAGAUGCGCUCGAGAGAUCUGAGGCUGAGCUUUGCAGGAAGGUACUGCAUCAUGAGGAAAGAUAUAAGAAGCUUGUUUCUGAGGAGAAGCAGAAGAACGAAGAGCUUUCUUGGAUUCUUGGAGAAAUAUUGCGGAUCAAGGGAAAGAGAAGGAUUGAUGACAGGAGGUCUAUGGUGAUCAGCACUGUGGAGACGCUUAAAGGGAUGUUUCCUGGUGUUUAUGGAAGGGUUGUUGACCUGAUUGAGCCCACUCAGGAUAGAUAUGAAACUGGGCUGUCUGUUCUCUUGGGAAGCCAUGACCAGUCUGUUGUUGUUGAUACGGAGACGACGGCCAUGUCGUGCAUCAACUUUAUGAAGGAGAAGAGGUUGUGCAAGAUGACGUUUCUUCCCAUUCAGAGCCUCAGGGACGGGGAGGAAAGAAAAGGGAUGGAUGAUGUGGUUGGAGAGUACUGUGGAGCGGUGAGGCGGGCUGUGGACACUGUCAGAUAUGAUGCUAAGUACAAAAGGGUUGUGCUGUUUUUACUGAAGGAGAAGCUCAUAGCAGACAGUUUGGAGAUAGCCAAAGACAUUUGCUAUAGUAAAGGGAUGAAGGUGAGUGUGUGCACGCUGGAUGGGAUCUAUAUUCAUGGGGGAGGGCAUCUUAUAAGUGGAGGAGGAGUUGGAAGAAAUAAAUUCCAGUCUGAGGAGUUGGAUGAGCUCCUGAAGAGAAGAACGAGGAUAUUGGAUGAGGUCCGAAGGAUCCAGGACUGUAAGAAUGAGCUUUCCUAUGUGGAGGUAUGCAGGGAAAGGAUAGAGGUGUGGAGAAAAAGCAAGGCAAUGGAGAUGGAAGCAAUGAAGGAUCUAGAUGUUUGCAUUGAAGGGCUGGAGCAGGAGGUGAUGGAGAACAAAAAGCUGCUGAGCGAGGCAGAAGAGUCCCUAAGACAUGUCGAGAAGGAGAUGGAGGCGCUGGAAGGGAAGAUGAAAGAGCACCGGCAGAAGAUUGAAGAGGUGGAGGGAUCUGUAUUCUGCGGAAUAUUCCCAAAUGCCUGGUUUAGAAGCUUUGAGGAGUAUAAAGAGGCAAGAGAUUGUGGAGCUUUUGGAUUAAGAAGGAUGGAGUAUGAGAAUGUAAGAGCAAAGAUAGAGCUCAGAAUUGAGAUGCUAGAGCAGGAAAAGAAAGAGCUGGAGGAAGAGAUUAGAGGACUGCGCGAGGGGAUAGAGAAGCUGAGAGAAAUGGAUAAUAACGACGGUAUGGAUGUGGAUGUGGAUUCUUCUGAGGUGGGUGUUCUUUCUGAGAAAAGAAGAAGGAAGCUUGAGGCUUUUGAGAAAGCCCGGGACGAGUUCAAGGAGAUUAACGAGGAGUUCAGGAGACUUGUGGAAAAGAAAAACGAGCUAGACCAAAGGAUAGUUUAUUGUGCUUCUUCAAAGGAGCGGGUUGAAGAGGAGAUAAAGAAUGUCUUGAGCUUUGCAGUGCUUGAGGAGAUCGAGAUUCCUUGUGCAGGGAGGAGGCCGGCAGGAGAGAUGUCUAUAGAUGAAAUAGACUUUUCUGGGCUAGAGGGGAAUGCUGAGGAACUUCGAAGGGAGCUCGAGGAGAUCAAUCAGAAGAUAAGCAGCCAGGCACCGCUGAUGAGGAUAGAAGAAAAAGACGGAGAUCGCUCUAGAUAUGCGAAGAUCAGUGAGGAAUACGAAAGGCAAAAGGCCGCGGCAAUUUCGGCAAAGAAUGAGUUUAACGAGAUAAGGAAGAGAAGGACACAUCUGUUUAUGGAAUGCUUUGAAAAGGUCAACAAGGAGCUGUCAAGGAUAUACAAAUGCCUUACGAUGACCGAGACAUCGGAGGGAAAUGCAUACCUGGCCCUUGAGAACACAUUGGAGCCUUUCAAAGAAGGCAUUAGAUUCCACCUGAUGCCUCCGAACAAGCGAUUCAGAGAGGUUCGGCUUCUUUCUGGGGGAGAGAAGACCAUGGCAGUUUUGUCCUUGCUCUUCUCAUUCCAUGCAUACAGGCCUGCGCCUUUCUAUUUGUUUGAUGAAGUGGAUUCGGCCCUGGAUAAAACCAAUGUGUCGAGGAUUAUAUCCUUCAUAAUCUCAUCCACUGCCCAAUUUAUUCUUAUUACCUUGAAGCCAUCCCUAUUCCAGCACAGCGACGGGCUAGUUGGGGUGUACAAGGACCCACAUGAAGACGCAAGCAAGAUCCUUACCUACAGGCUAAACGACUAG